AUGAUAUUUAUCAACUACGGCUCAUUGGACAACUUGAGUCUUUACACUGAAUACGGUUUCAGUUUGUCUUGUGAUGUCAACCCUCACGACGCCGCGUACCCGAGCUACUAUGAAUUAGCUCAUUUCGCUGUUAGCUUGCCCAACGGCUCUGCAAAAAUAGCCCGCCUCUCUUGGAUGCUCGAACAACUAGACUUAUCCAAUCCUGGUACUGACAGUGAAAGCUGUAUAACAAUGCAAAUAUUGCCCGAUUCGAAGGAGCCAGCCAAACAAGUGGGUUUUGAGGAUAAAGACUGUUUUUGGUCCUCGGUUUGUUUUGACUCCACUGGGCCCUCCUACUUCCUCAAUCUUCUUUUGUAUGCACUAACAGAAGAACCUCUAUUCGUAUCAACCACUUGUGUCAAGGCAUCAUCGACAUCGUCUAAUUUUGUCCAUUUAGCAACGAAGCCGAAAUAUGUCAAUGACACUCCGAGAAGCUGGUUGAAUAGCCUGGAUGAGGAAAUGAUUGUUCGGCGAACCAAUCAUCUGGCCAUGAAGCUGGCCAAUCGACUGCUGCAGUCUGUUCGUUGUAGCCAGCAGAACUUAUCUCCAGGGAUUAUUAGCCUGGUGGGCAAGCAGACUGCCGCAUUCGUUGAAGCAGACAGAAGCCAGCAUAUAGCCAGACUCCGCUCCCAUCUCGAAGCCCAGAUGCGUGACGGUUUGACAAAGUGGUUGGAAUUUCGAGAGCAGCUACUCUUGCACUCCAUCAACUCGAUUUCCACUGAGUCGAAGUCUCACAUUGACUAA